AUGCGGCCGAAUGGCACCCCGAGCUCCCAAACUCUAGUUACCUGCGGCCUCCGCGCACCCCCGCCGGCCGAGAGCUCCAGCCGCAGUCCCCCGAUGGUUCGGUGCGCAGCUGGUGGCCGGCCUUCCGGAGCCAGGCACGCCGGGGCACCGAGGUCCAGCGGUAGGAGAGGGAGCCAGGGCGAUCGGCCCCGGAGCGCGGCGCGUCGUCCAGACUUGAGCCGGCUAGUGCGUUCCAGGCAGCCCGUGCUCUCGGGCCGUCCUCGUCGGCCCCUGACUCACAGCAAAGAGACUGCCCGUUUGCCGUGGAAGCCCAAGCCCCCGCGCUGGGAAAUUCCGUCUUCUCACCGCCCCCCUUUUGCCCUCGGGGCUCUGAGGCGGAGCCGAAGGCGGGACAAGGGAGGAGCGGAGCCGGGCGCCGGAGUCCGGAUUCCUCUAGCUCUUGGAGAAAUUGAGGAGUUCAAGAUCAAGGUGAUAGCCGAUUGGUUGACUUGUGAGGGCUACUCUCUGCUUCCAAGUCAGUCUCCUGCUGCAUCUGCUGGAGGGAAGAACACUGUCCUCCUAUGGCAGUUGGGAGGAACAAGGCUACAGGAUCCAGAGUCCUGCCUUCUCUCACACUGAGAUCCUGAGGAAGUCACCUGGGUGUGUGUUGGGGGAUGAGAAGAGG